UGCCGCCCCGUAGAGCCGGCACAGCGCCGGCCGGGCCGGGUCAGGUUAGGUCGGUGCCGCUGUCGCCGGUGCCGAACCAGGAUGCGGCUGCGCUCGGGGGUGUUCGCCUCCUCCUGCCUCCUCGUGCAGGCCUUGGGCGUCGCGCUGUUCCUCCGCGGUUUCUUCCCGGUGCCCGUCAGGUCCGUGCCCCGCAGAGAGGCCCGCGCCGACCCUCCCGCCGAGCCGGCCCCGCCCGGCCCAGGAAUGGUUUCUAACUGGACCAAGAUUCCUCCACCGCUUUUCAAAAAAGUUGUCAUUGUGCUGAUCGAUGCUUUGAGAGAUGAUUUUGUGUUUGGAUCCAAAGGUAAACAGUUCAUGCCAUAUAUUACUCAAGUUGUUGAAAAAGGGACUUCCUACAGUUUCAUUGCUGAAGCCAAGCCACCCACUGUGACUAUGCCUCGAAUUAAGGCUUUGAUGACAGGUAGCAUACCUGGUUUCAUCGAUGUUGUUGUGAACCUCAAUUCUCCAGCUCUCUUGGAUGACAAUCUGAUAUGGCAGGCAAAAACAGCUGGGAAAAGAAUAAUAUUUUAUGGUGAUGAUACUUGGGUCAAAUUGUUCCCAAAGCACUUUGUGGAAUAUGAUGGAACAACAUCGUUUUUUGUGUCAGACUUCACAGAGGUUGAUGAUAAUGUUACCAGACAUUUGGAUAGAGUGUUAAAGAGAGAAGACUGGGAUCUCCUGAUAUUACAUUACCUGGGGUUGGACCAUAUUGGUCAUAUGACUGGGCCAAACAGCCCAUUAGUGGGACCAAAACUUCGUGAAAUGGAUAACAUACUGAAGAAGAUUCAUGUUUCCCUUCUUUCAAAGGAGGAAGCUUCUCUUCCCAAUUUGUUAGUUGUUUGUGGGGAUCAUGGAAUGUCUGAAACAGGCAGUCAUGGUGGUUCCUCAGAAGGAGAAGUGCACACACCACUGUUGUUUAUCAGCUCUGCUUUUGGGAAGAGAAGUGCUCCUCUAGCCCAACCUCAGCAUGUGCAGCAAACAGAUUUAGCUAGCACACUGGCAAUAGGUCUUGGCCUGCCAAUUUCAAGAAACAGUGUUGGGAACCUUAUAUUGCCAGUUGUUGGAGGCAAGACAAUGAGAGAACAGCUACGUUUUGUGCACUUGAAUGGGUUCCAGCUUAGCAGAUUGCUGCAGGAGAAUACGCCUGCAUAUGAAAAAGAUCCUGGAUAUGAACAUUUUAAGAUAGCAGAAAAAUCCCAUGGUAAUUGGAUCAAACUGUAUUUAGAGGGGAAUAAUUCAGAAAUACUCUUAAAUCUUGGCAAGAAGGUCCUGAAGCAAUACUUAGAGGCCCUCAAGACACUGAGUUCUUCAUUAAGCAAACAAGUGGCACAAUAUGACAUAUAUUCAAUGAUGGUGGGGAUUGUGAUCAUUAUGGAGGUUCUGAUACUGCUUUUGCUCAGUGUUCCAAAAGCCUUGAGCAGACAGGCAGAAUUUGAAGUGCCCCUCUCCCCUCCGCUGUUCUCUCUGCUGUUUUACUUGAUGUGUCUGAUGUUGUGUGCUGUUCAUGUCAUUGUGUGCACAUCAGCAGAAAGUUUGUGCUAUUUCUGCAGUAUGUCCUGGUUAACAGCAGUUGGAGUGAUGAUGCUGAUUUCUGCACUCAUGUGUGGUAUUUUAUCUGCUAUUGCAAAGAUCUUAGAGAAUUACAGACUUCCAUCAAAGAAUCCUGUUGCAUCCAGUUAUAACUGGUCAGAAAUAGAUGUCCUGAUUCUGGCUGGAACUAUUGGCCAUGUUUUGAGUUUGGGGGCAAGCAGUUUUAUAGAAGAGGAACAUCAAACCUGGUAUUUUCUUAUCAAUACACUUUGUUUGGUGCUGUGUCAGGAACUUUGUAGAAAUAAUUUUCUUCUGAAAGAAUGUGACCUUCAACAUAGCACCAGUGUGAAACAAAAUUUUGAUAGUAUUGGGGAAUCCUCUGAGUGCAAGAAUAUAGACAUUCCAGCAGAAAGUAAUUCAAAACUAGGCAAGGCCACGUCUUCAUCUGAAUUCGUAAAAGGAUCAGAUAAGUGGAUAAGCUUAGCAACUCCAUGGAUCAUCCUUAUUUGCUGUCGGCUGCUUCGAUCCUUGAAUCAGACAGGUGUUCAGUGGGCUCAUCGACCAGACUUUGGACACUGGUUGACAAGCUCUGAGCAUAAAUCUGAACUCUCCUUCUUGGCUGCAGUCUCCCUUCUUAUGAUCUUCUUUCUGGUUCAAAGAAGAUGUUCCUUGGUUUCAAAAAUUGCUAUGGCACUCGGGCUCCUGGGAGUCUACAGUUACCGGGCAGCUACUGGAAAUGUCACAUUUCCAUGGCAACAUGAUGGCAAAGAUAUUUCAAAGGGGAUUACUGAAGCUCGUUUUGUUUAUGUCUUUGUUCUUGGCAUAGUCUUCACUGGCACUAAAGAUUUACUAAAGUCACAGGUUGUUUCUGCAGACUCCAGCACGAAGAGCACAGGAUUAUGGGAAGUAUAUAGUGGAUUGGUUCUACUAGCAGCUCUUCUAUUUAGACCUCACAAUUUACCAGUCUUGGUGUUUUGUCUGCUGAUUCAGACAAUGAUGACAAAAUAUAUUUGGAUACCUUUGAAAUUUGAUGCAGCACAGAUUACUAUCAUGCACUACUGGUUUGGCCAAGCUUUCUUCUAUUUUCAGGGAAAUUCAAAUGGCAUUGCUACUGUGGACAUUUCAACAGGUUUUGUGGGACUAGACAGCUAUGUGGAGAUACCAGCUAUCUUCCUCACAGCAUUUGCAACAUAUGCGGGACCUUUCCUUUGGGCCAUCCAUCUGCUGUGCUACUUGAGUUCUGAAGUUAGCAGCUUUCCAGAUGGUGAGGCCCAAGCCUGUUUUGGUGUGUGGUGCAGAAUUUGGCGUCUCCCUUUGUUAAGCGUCUUGAGUUUCUUGUCAGUCCAUUUCUCCAGCCUGUCAAGAUGCCCUUGAGUAGUAGCAGACCAUCUGCAGACCCAGCUCCUGCACAUACUACUCCUCCCAGCUGUGUAUUGUGUGCAUUCCUGCUGAGAGGGCACUGCCCCAUCACCUAGUUCAUUAGGGAAGACAUUAAGCAGUAUUGGCCCCUGUGGAUGAUCACUGGUGACUGGCCUUCAGAUGGAAUUUCUGCAGCAUCUCAAUAAUUUUUCAGUUCACCUGAAUGUCCACUUUCUUAGCCUGGUCUAGGCUAGGAAAAUAUCAGAAAAUAUCAGUUUGCUUGUGGAGAUGUGAUGAGAGACAUUACGAGCCUACUUGUGAGAUGAAAGUGCAUUAGGUACAUGUAGUCCAUAUGUAUUUUGCUGGUUUGAUAAGGUGGAAUAGAAGAUAAGAACGUUUUCAGAUAGUACAUUUGCUGUGGAAAUGUUGUUGGAAGUCCUUAAAUAAUUUGCUUUCAUCUGAAUAAACUUGUGAAACUAUAAGUUGUUUUCCUCAUAUGGAAAGGUAAAUGUGUUUCUAAAAUAAUUAAGUGGCAUGUGAUAGACACUAACGUGGAUAUUACUGCCACUUUUAGUCGUUCAGGCUCUCCUGAGAAACUUGGCAGCAUAAAUGUGAAGGGAUUUUCACAGACAGAAAUAGAAAGAACUCUUUAGGUUCAGUCUCCAUGGAAACUGUGCAAUAACUCUUGAAACUAUUUUUGAGAUGGGGAGUACUGAUUAAACUGAUGCCUGAACUUAACCAAGUGUUCUGUAUGUGACUUGCAUAAAUUCCUGUGAGUACCAGUUCAUAUAAAAGGCAGUUUUUACAGUGACCACUCUAUUGCUUGAUCUGAAUUAGAACUUUGGGGUUUUGGGUCCUUAAAACUGGAAAAAGGCCAUGUUGUUGGAUAA